AUCUCUUCUUGUAAGAGAAAUCGAUCCAGAGACAGAGGGAGAGCGAAAAAUGAUUCGAACGGCUUUAUUGUUCGCUGCUUUGCUCGUCGGAACAAGCGUAGAAGCGCAGCAACUACCUCCGUCGAGGCGCGAUGGAUUCGUGUAUCCACCGGGUCGCAAGAUCGAACCGGAUACGAUACUUAUCGAAGCGUAUUUUGAUCCGGUUUGCCCCGAUUGCGGAGACGCUUGGGAACCGCUAAAGCUAGCGGUUGAUCACUACGGAUCUCGCGUUGCUCUUGUUCUUCACCUCAUGCCGUUGCCGUUCCAUGACAAUGCGUUUGUAGUAUCUCAGGCCUUACACAUUGUGAAUACCAUAAACGCCAAUGCCACGUUCAGUUUGCUGGAAGGGAUCUUCAAGCACCAGGCGUUGUUCUACAACUCGCAAACACAAUACAUGCCAAGACCUGCAGUUGUGGACAAAUUAGUCAAACUGGGGACAGUUACAUUAGGUAGCUCAUUUCAUUAUCCUCUUAAAUCUGGCUUCCGCAACUCAAAAUCUGAUCUUGCCACUAGGGUUUCCUUCAAGUAUAGCGUUUCAAGAGGAGUUUCCGCAACACCAACCUUCUAUGUGAAUGGGUUCGAGCUGCCCGAUGCUGGUUCUCCCAUAGAUUUUGAAGGAUGGAAAAACACCAUUGAUCCUCUGGUUAAACCACGAGAAGCAAAGAUACAGGACACCUUCCUUUCAUUCCUAACGCAGCCAUCGUACUAGUAGUGCUUUUUAUGCUGCCUCAGACUCGCACAUAAUGUACUAGACAUAUUUAAUUCUCCACAAUUUGUCUGUAAAGAAAUAAUCUCAACUGCACAGAAGCUUAAAAUCAUGCGUGUAUAAAUUUUCAGUUGCAUGUUCAGUAUCUUAUGUGCAUUUUAAUAUUUGACCAAAGUUUUAACAUAUGGUAAUUAUUUUAAGAAUUUAUUGUACUAAACUCGAAAACGUAAUAAUAAAAUAAUAAAAACAGUAAAACGUAUAAAACAAAUCAUUACAUACUAAUAUGAAUUAAGAAAUAAAAUGAAAAAAUAUCCGCACGUCAAAAUUAUAGUGUUCAGUAUCUUAUAUGCAUUUUAAUAUUUGACCAAAGUUUUAACAUAUGGUAAUUAGUUUUCAAUUUUUUAUAAAAAAAACAUUAAUAUGCUUACUAAAAUAGUUAAUCAAUUGUUUAGGCUUAAAAUGCAAUGGUUGAUAGAUUUAUUCUUGUUUUCGUUUCCAAACCUACCUUUAUAGAAUGAAAGUCACUUAUACAGUACAUAGAGAUGAUGACAUUUGAUUAUGAUACGGAGAACAGAGAUUUUUCCUUCUUCUUUUUUGCCAUUACAAGUAAGAUGUGGGUUUUGUCAAACACUUUAUUUAUAUCUUGUAUGAAAAAGUCCAAAAGUCCAUUUAUAGACUUCUUGAGCCCACAGAGAACCACCAUCUCUUGACUAUUUCUUGCUCCUUUUUGUCUAGUUGGAUAAUCUUCUAGGGAAAUCAUACACUUCACCACGAAUUUUGAGCUUGACCAUUUUAACAAACUGGCCAACCGGUACCGGAGCAGGUAAACCGAAAAAGUUGUAGGAAUACGAUUUGGGAUAUUCGUUUGUUAAUUGGUUUAUUAUUUAUAGCAUAAAGAGACAAUGCUUUCAUGAAUAAAAGAACAUUAAAUAAACAAGUAGCCAUUAAUUUCCGUAAAGGUUGAAUUGAAGCAAAUUAAAAAGUUCGUGUUUAAUACACUAUGAUAUGCUCCCAAUUUCACAAAGAGAUAAAUCAAAACUGAGGAAAAUUAUGUCCUAUCCGCGGUUCAGUUCGAACCGGUUAAAAGUGAAAUUUUGCAAACCGGAAAUCAAUUAGGGCAGUUCACUGGUGCGGCUGUUAUAUAUGAGAGGGCGCCUUGUACAAAACCGGUCUAAUUCCUUGCUUAUCCGAAUCUACUAGGGUUUCCAAGGAUCUAACCCCAACAGUCACACAAGAUGGACAUGUAUGAGCGCGUUGCGAAGCCGAAGGAUGAGACUCCGAUUGCUGAGAACGAGAUUCGCAUCACCAGUACCGGUAGGGCGCGAAACUGCAUCACCUAUGCCAUGGCUCUUCUUCAGG